AUGACGAAAUCCGGGGGGGAGCUGCAGCGUCUGGUUGACGACGUGCUCUUGGACGACCGAUUUCAGAAGGAGGAGCUCAUAGGAUUCAACAUCGAGCGUGAGCAGCGACGUGUCGACGACGAAUACCAGAUGACUGGGGGCGCUUUUUCAGUACAAGAUGGCUGGCGUCGCGCUUCAGUCAGGCUCCACCUUCCCAAGCCAGGCCUGCAACAGAAGGACGAGGAACAUGCCCCCGCCUUUGUGGUCGACAACAUCUGGGUUCGCAACGUAUCUGCUCGCAAAUUCCAUUGGUUCCCUCACCGGCUUUUCCGCUCUCGUGCAACUCCGGACAACUCAAAUGCGAAGCCAGAACGUCUCUUCAUGGACAUUUACAACUCGGAAGCCAUGAUACGCGAGCAUGAGGAGCUUCAGCGUCGUCCCCGAAAUCCCGAUGAUGCCCCCAAUGUCGAGUACGUCAUAGGUAGCAUCAUGGUUUACUCGGACUCGACCCACCUAACGAACUUUGGCACGGCAUCCCUAUGGCCCAUCUACGCAUUCCCCAAGAACCUGUCAGAGUAUUUGUGGUUCAAACCAUCGAUGUUUGCCACGCACCAUCUCGCUUAUGUACCAUCUAUUCCUGCUGCACUCCUCCAGUUCUACAAGGAGACGUAUGGCGUACCACCAUCGGCCGCUGUUAUACGGCUACUCAAGUAUGACCUUAUGAAUAAGGUGUGGCUUCUCCUGCUGGACGCCGAGUUCAUGUAUGCCUUCACACACGGAACGCUCAUUGUCUGUGGCGACGGUAUCACCCGAAGGGUAUUCCCUCGCAUAUUCAUAUACUUGGCCAACUACCCAGAGAAGUGCCUCGUCACCUGUCUCAAGACUCUUGCGCGAUGCGCCUGCCCGGAUUGCACCACUGACAAGUGCAAUUUCUGGCGGAUGGGCAUGAAGAGAGACAUGGCAGCCCGAGAGAAGAACGCACGCAAGGACACGGGGUUUUUUCACGCAGCGAUUGCCAGGGCCCGACGAUGGAUCUUUGAGGAGGGUACUGCACCAGAUAGCACUCACAUAGCGAAGACUCAGCUUGGCGUCUUCUCAAUGGCCUCCGUUCGCUCCGCAUUUUCGCAACAUUUUGCGUCAUUCGGUUACAACGUCUACAAGCUCUUCGUUCCCGAUCUCAUGCACGAGUUCGAGCUCGGCGUUUGGAAGGGAACGUUCACGCAUCUCGUCCAGAUUCUGAUCGCCGCGGGACAGGACAAAGUUCAGAAACUCGAUGAACGGUGA